AUGGCCGCCUGGCUGUAUAUCCCCCAGGAGCCCGGGGCCCUCGCUGCUGGGGGCCACAUGUGUUAUCUGCAGGAUAACAUCAAGCAGGAAGUCUUACCCAUGAUCCUCUGCUCCGCCGGCAUCUCUGCAGGACUUGUAUACCUGCUCAUAGGAUACCGCUGCUUUAAGGCAGCCAUGUUCCUCUGUGGCUUCCUGUGUGGCUCCGUCUCUCUCCCGCUGCUCCACCUGGACCCUCCUCUGAUGGCCGACCUCUGCCCAGGGACCAGGCUGGUUCUGGGGCUGGGGAUCGGGCUCCUCACGGGGCUGAUGGCCCUCCUGGUGCCUCCGCUGGGGCUCCUUCUCAGCGGCCUGCAGCUGGGGGCCCUGCUCUCCGUGGGGCCCCUGAUGCUGCUCGCUCAUUUCCACAGCCUGGGGCCAGUCUUGGGCCCCCUGAGCGUGGUGCUGGCUUCAGGCCUGAUCGUUGCCCUGAUGACUCUUCGCUGGCAGAAGGUCCUGAUCAUCGCCUACACGUCGGUGUUGGGAUCCGCCGUCGUGCUGCUGAGCCUGGACCUCCUCCUGGGAGGGGCCACACUGCUGGAUCAGCUGUUUGACGUGUUCACAGGGAACCCAGUUAAACCCCUCUGCUGGUUCAACUGGGGCAUCGCUGGGCUGGGGCCAAUCCUCGCUUUGAUUGGUGGAGCCGUGCAGUGGAGGUUCACAGCCAGAGGAUUUUCACACAAAGAAGCUGCAUACAAAAAACAGAAGAAACACGUGAAGAAGCACAAAUUCAAAGAGUUACGGAGACGACCUCCACCUCACCGGCGCCGCCGCCCUCCACCUCUGAAACGCUACGCCGGAGACGUCCUGGCACCGAGUUAUCUGCAGUGUCUGCAGGAGCGUCAGCAGGGAACAGCUUCCUCUUCCUCCUCCUCUUCCUCCAGCAGAAGCCUCGUCUCUGCAGCACACACUCUGAUCGACUUUGACUUUGAGACGGGGUCCAUGGUGUCUCUGACCUCCGCCGCCACGCCGGUCUACACGGUGGGAAGAAACACGCCUUCCAAUGUCUGCAACAUGCACGAUUACGUUAUUUACUGA